GAAGGGGAGAAAGUCAAGUGGCCAGGAUUAAAAAAAAAAAAAAAGAAAAGAAAAAAAGAAAAUAUAUUAAUUAACUGUGAUGUGUGAGUGUGAGAAAUGGCACUCAAUGUCUGGGUAUGUCCUUAUGUGUUGGGAUGGAGCUGAGAUGAAGAUGCUUGUCCAUCUUAUUAAGGUCAUAUUUUGUUAGAAAUCACAAUUUUAAGUUAUUACCAUCACCUUCAUUGGUCUCUGUUCAGCAGACUGGCCCUGAGAUGUCUUAAAACACCCUCAUCCAGGAGAAAUCACUGCUCUGGUCUUCCCCCUCCUGCUGCACAGGCACAGCUUGCUCAGCAAGAAGGGAUUUUAUUAGGAAGAAGUGGUUGUAGUGAUGGAAGGGGAAGCAAUCCACUGUGGGACAGUGGAGAGAGCCACUAACUGGGUUAUCCUUCAUUAUCAGUCUGUGCAGGGAUGCAUGUGCAGCCUCGUGCUGCUGUCCAGCUCGAGGGGCUGGGAUUUGGGGUGGUGAUCACCAGGAUCCAGGGCCCCACAUCCCCCAGCUGUGCUUUCAGAUUUGUUGUUUUUAAGCUUGACCUUUGCGUUUUCAAGAAACUCCCUCCUGUGUUGCAAUCCAAAGCUUUUAGGGCUGCUGUGGUGCCGUGGAAGCAAAAGUGCUUUGUGCUAAGUGGGUCUUAAAAAACAAACCCCAGAGCAGCCAGCUCUUAUUUUUUUUUCAUCCUGUUAAUUUUCAUCCCAGUGAAACAAUUGGACAGGGUAUAGCUUUGAUUUAUUUAUUUUAAAGCUGAUGGUAAGAUGCUAUUUUGUGGAAACAGCAAGUCAAAACAGAUUUUGGCCAUAGUCUUCAUCACCCCUCUCUGAUCAUGGUGGAGCAUGAUCUGUGUCUCAAAACUGCUCUGUUCUUCCUUCUUCUGAAAUCCUGUUUUAGAAUAAAGCACAUGUGGUUUUUUUAGUCUUUUGGUUUUUUUUUUCUUUUUGUCCCCUCUCCUCUUACCAGGUGUUUCCCUGUGGUGUCUCCGGGCCUGGACUCUCCCUGCACCUUCAAACCUUCUCCAAGGAUUGCAUGGUGGCAAGGUCUAAGGAGACCAUGACCACUGAUGAGGCCACCAAGAGCGAAGGGGAGGUGCAGACAGCGGCUCUGGCUGAGCGUGGGGAAGACAUCACACCGUCCAAGGACCGAGGGGUUCUGAAGAUAAUUAAGAGGCCUGGGAGUGAGAAUGAGUUUCCCAUGAUCGGAGACAAGGUUUAUGUGCACUACAAGGGAAAACUGGCCAACGGGAAAAAAUUUGACUCCAGCCGCGAUCGGAAUGAGCCUUUCAUCUUCAGCUUGGGCAAGGGUCAGGUAAUCAAGGCAUGGGACAUUGGGGUGGCCACCAUGAAGAAGGGAGAGAUCUGCUACUUGCUCUGCAAACCCGAGUACGCGUACGGCUCUGCUGGGAGUGCCCCCAAAAUCCCCUCCAAUGCCACCCUCUUUUUUGAGGUCGAGCUGCUUGACUUCAAAGGUGAGGACUUGUUUGAGGAUGGAGGAAUAAUCCGGAGGAUCAAGAGGAAGGGAGAAGGUUACUCCAACCCCAAUGAAGGUGCUACCGUGGAGAUUCACCUGGAGGGAUUCUGUGGCGGCCACAGGUUUGACUGCAAGGAUGUGAAAUUCGUCGUGGGUGAAGGGGAGGACCAUGACAUCCCCAUCGGCAUUGACAAGGCCCUGGAGAAGAUGCAGAGGGGAGAGCACUGCAUCCUCUACCUCAGCCCACGGUACGGCUUUGGCGAGGCUGGGAAGCCGAAAUACGGCAUCCAGGGGAACGCAGAGCUGGUGUAUGAGGUGACCCUGAAGAGUUUUGAGAAGGCCAAGGAGUCGUGGGAGAUGGACACCAAGGAGAAGCUGGAGCAGGCAGCUGUGGUCAAGGAGAAGGGCACAAUGUACUUCAAGGAAGGCAAGUACCUGCAGGCAGCGAUUCAGUAUGGGAAGAUUGUAUCCUGGCUGGAAAUGGAGUAUGGCUUGUCUGAAAAGGAGUCUAAAGCCUCUGACUCCUUCCUGCUGGCUGCCUUCCUCAAUCUGGCCAUGUGCUACCUGAAGCUGCGAGAGUACGCCAAGGCUGUCGAGUGCUGUGACAAGGCUUUGGGGUUGGACCAGGACAAUGAAAAAGGCCUGUACAGGAGGGGUGAAGCCAGGUUGUUGAUGAACGAGUUCGAGCUGGCCAAAUGUGACUUUCAAAAAGUGCUGGAAGUGAAUCCACAGAACAAAGCAGCGAAAUCCCAGAUCUCUGUGUGCCAGAAGAAAACGAAGGAGCACAACGAGCGGGACCGAAGGAUCUACGCCAACAUGUUCACAAAGUUUGCAGAAAGGGAUGCAAAGGAAGCAGCCAGCAAAACUGGUGUGAAAAAAACAGCGGAGAAGGCGGCUUGUGAAAAACGACCGAAAACUGAUGCUGAAGGUGAAGAGGCUGAAGGACACGUAUGAUGGAGGAGGAGAGGAUGGGAGAGCCUCGUGCCCUCGGCCCACACUGAAAAGGUUGCUGCCAAACCUUGGGACUUGCCAGUUUUCUUGUAAAGCUUGUUACAGUCUGUGUGAUCGUGGAAGCAAAAAGCACCUCGCAAAGAAAAGUGACCCCGUCCCACCGUCCUGGGUGCACUGGGGGCAGAGCAGGAGCGGCAGGACGCCAUGGGACCACCGCACGUGGAACAAAUAGCAUUUAAACAGCAGGAAAAAGAAAAAGAAAAUAUUAUAAUGAUAAACUAAAACUCUUGGCUCCUUGGAGGUUUCCGUAGACAGCUUGUUCCAGCUCCCUCGGCUUUGUGUCCACUCUCAGCACAGCAUCCUGUGAGAGGAACUGGGAUCUGGGACAUGCUUCUUGUGCACUACAGUGCUGCCUCUGGUUGUCCCAGGGAUUGGCUUUGCCUCCUGUGGCCAAAGGGGUGGCAGGGCAGAGCCAGGAUGAGAACCCACAUGGCCUCUGCUGCAGCCCCUGCGUGCAUCAGUCUUUAAAGCACUGUUUGGGGAGGGGAGGCCACACAGAUUUUACAUUCUGAAGGAGCUGGUUCGUGUGUCUUUAGAGAGCAAAAGCCUGUCCAGCUUUGCAGGUGCCCAACCCACAGCCUACACCCCAUCCUUUGGCUCCUGGCUUUAAAAGUUUUAUUGCUUUUAUUGGGAUCUGUAUGUGGGGAAAAUAAAGGAGCAGGUUGACAUAUGGUUCAGAAAGCAAGUGGCUGGGUCUGAGCUGGUGCCAUGGGUUUGUCACUGAGCAGCUUUCCCAUGGUGAGGGGGUCCUGGGUGCAUCAUGUCCCUGCACCGGGGCUGCUGCUACCUCCUCAGCCAUCAGUCCUCUCCAUCCUCAAGGGACACUGUCACUACCCCAUGAGAACAGCUUUCCAGUUGUUAUUUUUCCUGUCUAUAAUAAUACCCCUUUUGGAGAUUGAAAAUAAACAACUGAAAGAAAAAGGGAAAAAAAAAAUUAAAAA